AUGAUCCCAAUGUUGGGUUGGUUUAUUCUAAUUCUUGUUUUGCUACUUUUAGCAAUUCUAGCCAUCAAAUUUCUGGUUCUCAGAAUUUUGCUGGUGUUUUUGUUGGCUCUUCCGAUUCUGCUCACUGCUGGAUAUAUUGCUCUCAAACAAAGCCCCGUCACGGAAAGUAAUGUGAGUUAGGGUAACUUGGGACAGGGAAUUUUGGAUUCCUUAUGAGAUUUGGGGUAUUUUGACACCCAACAAGCCUGGGGUACUGUAUUUUUUCAAUUUUCAGCGUCAAGAAUUUUUUUCCGACUUCAAAAUCGCCACCGAAAGCAUCAAUUACAACACCUCCCUCAACUUCGAAACCUUGGCCGCCUUCAAAUCUGCAAAAUCCGCUGGAGUUGACACAAUUCAAAUGAAUGUCAGAAUGACUAAAGAUGGAGUUUUGAUAAUUUAUAAAUUUGCUGACGUCACAGAUUCGGACAAUGUUACCUAUGAAAUUGCGGAAACUCAUUCAACACAACUUUUCAAACUCAAAAAUGUCAAAUUUCUUCAUUUUGAUGAUGCUGUCACUUGGUGUAUUAAGAAUGAUAUUAAAAUGUUGAUGAAUAUUCCGUUUUGCUCUUCUGAUGUGAGUUUGGGGCUUCCCAGACUUCUCAGGCUUCUUUCUUGGGCUAAAAAGCUCCAGAAGCCUGAUAUUUUCGUGCUCAAAAUCGUGGUUUAUGCUUCAGAAGCUCAAAAAAUUUUUUUCAGCUGCUCACCUACAUUCGAAACAAUAUUAUGCAAGAUGAAAUGUAUGGCAAAGUUGCUUUGACAACCACAAAUGUCCUAACUGCUCUACAGAUUCGACUCAAGGAUUCGAAAUUAAUUUUAGGUAACUCUCUAGCCUCUCUAGCCUCUCUAGACCCUCUCAUUUUCAGGAUUCUCCUGGGGCAGCACUUCCAACUCAAUAAUCAAUGGUGUAACUCAAGGAAACGCCUAUACCUCCUGGAUUUUCAAAACAAUUGACUCUGCGCUCUACUGGAGUGUUCGUAGUUUGAUCUUGCCUGGAUUUAUUGGUGCCGAUUUCCUGAUCACCAAUGUUGCGGAUGCUGAUGGAGCGUUGAUCAGUGAGCUGGCGAGUUCUUCAAUCCUCACGGUGGUUCGGAAUGUGACAACUUCUCAGGAAAAAUCUUACUUCCAAAAACAAUUGAAUCUUCCGAUCAUGUUGACUACUUUGAAAGAUUAA